CGUAUCAUCGGACAAGAAUUUUUCCCAGGAAACCUUCUCCCGAAACCACAUGGCAACUGUCUUCUCUACUGCUUCCAUCUCUUCCAAGCUCUACACUCAUCAUCACCAUGUUAGUUUCCCCGAUGCAUACAGGUCCUUUCAUUGCCAAAAGACGUACAAAUUGCAAUGUAAUUUGAAGAACACAAGCAACACUUCAUCCUCUUCCUCUAGUCAAGAAUCCGAACCUGAAAAUUUGCUGCUGAAGAUGGCAUGGUACGGCUCUGAACUCCUAGGCAUUGCUGCUUCUUUUGUACGUCCUCCAAAAAAUGUUGAAGCCCCGCAAGGAACAUCAGAGCUAGCUCUUGAUAGGUCCGGAAUAACUGAUCGCAACUCAAUUGUGGAAGCUAUUAAAGAUGAUUUUCAGAGAUCCUACUUUGUAACAGGAAACCUGACACUUGAUGCAUAUGAAGAAGACUGUGAAUUUGCAGAUCCAGCAGGUUCUUUCAAAGGCUUGCGACGGUUCAAAAGGAAUUGUACGAAUUUUGGUUCCCUUCUUGCGCAGUCGAACAUGAAACUUAUGAAGUGGGAGGACUUUGAGGAAAAAGGCAUCGGACACUGGCGUUUCAGCUGCAUUAUGUCAUUUCCAUGGAAGCCAAUUCUUUCAGCAACUGGUUACACGGAAUAUUAUUUCAGCAAGGAAUCUGGAAAAGUAUGCCGGCAUGUCGAGCACUGGAAUGUCCCAAAAAUGGCUUUACUGAAGCAAAUUCUGAGGCCUAGCAGAGGGUUUUGGCAGAAAAACGAAGGUAGUUAAGAUAAUGUUGGGUGUAGGUAAUGAACAAAAUCAAUAGAAUAGUUCGAGAAAUGUAUUAUAAUGGCAACCAAAAUGAACAGACUUCGGGUUCUAGAAAAGCAUAAUUUGAAAACUUUUCCUCAUCAAAGAGCCAGGGGAAGUGAGUUUGGUUGGUCAACGCUCCAAGAAAUGUAUAUAGUUCUCGAAGACUUGGUCUGCUUAACGGACACCAUGAAGACUUGAUUACUGAUUAGGCUAUAAAUGAUCAGAUUUAUCAUCAAUAUGGGCUGGUUUGGAUGGCACAAAAGUUGUUAUAAGAACAAAUCCUAUUUUUAAUUCUGCUUAUUUAUCAUCAAUAUAUGCUGGUUUGUAUUCCGGGCU